GUAUUUCACGAGAUGGUUACUUAAAGCUAUUAAAAAAAAAGUAACUACCCAGCUUUGCGGAUAUCCAAAAAUCCGGAUUUUUGACAUCGCUAGUAGGACUACACUGUAAAAAGUAGUUCUUUGUAUCGACCGAAACUUGGAUAGCCACCUCUAGUGCAGUAACGACUGACGGCAGUAACGCCUCCAUUUUGCUUUAUAAGUGGUUAACAGUGGAUUAGCUGAUUCAUCUAGACAAGCUUUUUCGUCUAUAUCCAUUUUCAUAGUCCACAUCGGAUUUUCAGUUCUUCAAUAUUUCUGUUGGAUAUAAAUCAAGUACUGGUUGAUAAGGUCAAUGGUGAAUGCGAGACUUAGGUUCUAAUUGAAAAAUUGUUUGUUGACAGUGUCGACACGGUACGCAACGGUCGUCGCCGGUACCUACAAACAUAAAGUACAGGCACCGCAGCGACCGGUCAACACCAUCACCGGCACCGCAGCGACCGGUCAACACCAUCACCGGAUUCACCACCACAGUUUAAAAGAUUACCUUAUGGAUUCUAACCCAACAAGUUACAUCAGAGGUCAAGCUUGUAGACCAUUACAAACACGUCUUUCUAGACCCGGACUACUAGAUCCAAUGUUCAGUUCCUCACUCACAACGUCAAGAGAUGAACUUAUUUAUUUAACAUCAAAUUAUUUUCCAAUAACAACAAACACAGAUUGUAGAAUUUACCAGUAUAGAGUUGAUUUUAAUCCAGUACAAAAUAAAUGCAUUGAAAAAGAACUAUUAGACGCCAAUAAAAAGUUUUUAGGAAUAUAUAUUUUUCAUGAAACAAUGUUGUUUAGUAACAAAAAAUAUGAAUCCGAUAUAGUAAAGCUGUCUUCAAAAAAUGACAUUGAUGACAAAAUAGUAAUAAUUACUUUAAAAUUUAUAUCAAUCAUUGAAAAGGGUGAUCCUACUUUCAUCCAAAUUUUGAAUUUGAUGUUACGUGAAUACCUUAGUAUUUUUGGGUUGACACAACAUGGAAAAGUUUGCUAUGACACAACGGAGAAAAUUUAUGUUUCAAAUCCAAAACUUACAAUUUUGCCAGGUUAUGAGAAUACAAUUGGAAUGUUUGAUAAUGGUCUAUUUUUACGUUCUGAAUUAAUAUUUAAAGUUAUAAGACAAGAGACAGUAUUGGAUAUUUUUAUGGAAUGUUCAAAAAAAAAACUCAUAGACCCUAAUUGGAUGUUGAAAUUUAAAGAGGCCGUUAUAGGAAGUGUGGUACUAACUAUUUAUAAUGACCGUUGUUAUCAUAUUGACAAUAUAGAUGAGCAGUUAGGUACUGAAUCAAUAUUUCUUAAAAACGAUGGAUCAAGCAUAUCAUUCAAAGAUUUUUAUAAAAAAAAAUAUCAUAUAAAUCUGCUUAAACCUCAACCUAUGUUGAUAUCAAAAAGAAGAAAAUCUUUUAGAAUUGAAGGUGAGGAAACAGAACUGGUAUACUUAGUUCCUGAAUUAUGUGUAAUGACUGGAAUAUCUAAUGAAAUGAGAGAAAAUGAAAACAUGAAGUAUGUAGAUCAGCAUACAAUUGUGAAUCCUACAGAAAGAAUCUGGAAGUAUAAUAAUUUUAUCGAACAGCUUCUAACUCCACCCUGGGCUACACAAUUAUCAAAACAAUGGAAUUUAACAUUGAGUAACCAACUCAUUAAAAUUACUGGCCGUGUAAUGCCUCAAGAAACAAUUCAUGGUAAUAACCAAAAUUAUCGAUCUGAUACUACAGGCAAUUGGACAACAAAAUUAUCUUCUUUAUCCAUGUAUAGCUGUGCUGAAAUACUGUGUUGGGUAAUUGUAACUCCAUAUUUGCGAAGUGCUGAUGUUGGACAAUUUACCAAUACUCUACUAAAAGUUGCAAAUAACAUGGGUCUUAAAUUACCAAUACCAAAAAUAGUUGAAAUAGAUGAUACAGAUAUAAGAACAUAUUCAAUUAAACUGGAACAAUUAAUCAAUGAAAUAAACCCAUCAUUUAUUUUAUGCGUAACUUUGUCACGACGUGAAGAUAUUUACAAUAUUAUUAAAAGAAAACUAUGUGUUGAUUACGCAGUUCCAUCUCAAGUUGUUUUAUUAAAACAAAUACUAAAAUACAAUACAUUAUUUUGUGCCAAAAUUACCAUACAAAUUAAUUGUAAACUAGGAGGAGCUCCAUGGCGUGUUGUUAUCCCUGAGUCGGAUAUGAUGAUAAUUGGAUUUAAUGUCUGUCAAGCUAGGCAAAAUAGAAAGAAGUUUUAUGGUGCAUUAAUAGCCACAAUGAAUAAUGAACACACUUCUUACUUCAGCUGUGUUGAAUCAUACGAAAAUGAACAGGAACUUUCAACUUCUUUUGCAACAAGCAUAACUAAGGCUCUAACUAGAUAUGCAGCAAUUAAUAAAAAACUUCCCAAUACCAUCGUUAUAUAUAGAGAUGGUGUAGAAGAUAGACAAUUAUCAUAUGUCCAUAAAACUGAAGUUAAAAUGGUAAUGGAAGCUUGUAAAAAAUUUUACGGGGAGAAAAAAGUUGGUUUGGCCUUUGUUAUAGUCAGAAAAUAUACAAGUACAAGGUUUUUGAAUAAUAGUGAAAAUCCACCACCUGGAACAGUAAUUGAUAAUAGUGUUACUAUUCCAAAUAUGUGUGAUUUUUACUUGGUGUCGCAGCAUGUAAAAGUGGGUACAGCUGCACCAACACAUUAUAAUGUGAUUGUGGAUACUCUUAAUGAAACUGCUACUAAACAAUUUACACCCAAAAUUAUGCAAAGCCUUACUUAUAAAUUAACCCACAUGUACUACAAUCGGUGGGGUACAAUAAGAAUUCCUGCUCCUUGUCAACUGGCGCACGAAUUAGCAUUUUUGACUGCUCAGUCACUCCAGACUUAUCCAAAUCCUGGUUUGGAAGAUUUAUUGCACUUUUUAUAA